ACCCAAAGCCGGAGAAACAAGAGGGCGAACAUCAUCUGCCCAGCAUAAUACCUAACGCCCAGCACACACACAGGCUGUGGCCAAGAAGCAACCCUUUACCGCCAAGGAGGCUCGAUUGAUGGUUGGCAGUCCGCCAAGAUCACCGCCAAGGAUGCAUCAAGGGUGAGCCAAGCAGCUCCGGCGAUCUGCCAAAGGGGGAAGGAACAGAGCGAAACAGAGGGGCCCGUCGUCAUUUCCACUUCAGAAAGCCAAGCAACUUGGGUGGAAGUGAAAGGUGAAAAAAAAAUAAAGAAGGAAAAAAUUAUGAGCGGGGGACUUUUCCAUGUUUCCAUCGCUGCGGUCUGUUCUCCAUAUGAAUGCCGCGUGUUCUGCAUGAACAGAGAGCACCCACCUGAACCUCUGGGCGUUUUCUGGGCAGCUGUAUCUGAUACUCUGCUACUGAGGUAGCCUGGGCUGUCCAGUCAGGCGUGUUAGGUUGCGGCACGCAUUGUUAGCUCGGUCGUUGCCCGCCUGGGCUUGUUCCAUUGUAUUCCACCACCCAUCCUGCAACACAGAUUCCUUGCAUACAACAUCGACAUAACGACAACGCAACAUCACACAUUAACGACAUAACGACACUCAACUUUCGAGCAUUGCGCACAACUGCAUUUCUGCAUUGGGUUAUUGGGGACUUAGGCAUAGGCAAAAGAAACACACCGUUACCGACAAGGAAAUCGAAGCAAAACAGGGAAGAGAACCCGAGUUAAUCUCAGCUAUAAUUUGGAGGAGUCUGUCACCCACGUCCGAUUUGGCUUUUCUCAAAAGGGGCCGGCGCAUUUGAGCACAGGAAAAUCGGACAACAAAAAGUCGGACUAGCACCGAACCAACUCCAGUCCCCCGCAGCACACUGCACCGUCCAAAGUUGGUGUCGGUUGCCCGUGUCGACAUUGACGUCAGACGUCGGACGGGACCUGGACCUGGCACUGCCCGGGGCCGCCGUCGUCGCCGCACCGUCUCGACCUCCUUAACCUCAUCCGGUUCGGCACCGCUUCGGGGUCCACUUUCAUCUCGGACAUUUUUGACCAAUCACACGCACGCAUCCAUCAACCCGGCACUUUGACCACUUUCACAUCAACACAUCAACGGGCAUCCAUCGACAGGUGGGAACAUGGAAACGAGGAUAUCACAAGAUGGGGCUGGGAGUAGGGAUGUGGAGGAAGGGUUUGAGCAACAGUACCACAGCCAGGCACACACAACGACAACACCACCAACAACGACAACGAAUCGAAGUAAACAAAGGCAAAGGUCGUCGUCAUCAUCAUUAUCAUCACUUAGAGCAAAGCUGUUCACGGCACGGUCAAUAUUGGGCGUGCUGUCAAUGAUACUGGCGGUAGCCAUCCUUGGAGUUGUUGGUUAUAUGGUGGGCAGGUAUGGGGAUCAAGGGUUCGCGCACGUUAGUUUUGUGUUUGUCGGGAUUACGGCAUUCGCAACCCUAAUCUGGCACUUCCUCGACCUCACCACCCUCUUCUGCCUCCGCGACCGCUUCCGCAGCUUCUACCCGGGCGCUUACGUAGGCGUGCACAUCUGCAUUUGCCUCGCUUGCAUCGCCACCAUGGGCUAUGUCGGUAUCUGGGUGAGCUCAGCCGACGAAGAAAUCGAUCGCGAUCUCGACCUUGAACCUGACGCCGUCGCCGUGCCACCUAUUGUCGAAGCGCUGGCGACCAAGUACCACACGGCUGGACGCAAACUGAAAGGGCGAAAGGGGAAGUUGUAUUGCUUGGGGGUUGCCCUGCUCGUCAUCACGGUUGUGAUGUUGUUGAUCAACUUUGUCCUGUCGAUUUUGGCGUGCAAGGAGGUGAGGAGGAAGGAUGCGAUAAGGGAGUCCGGAGGGAUGAUGGACCCGGCUGAUCCGGCGAGGUUUCGGAUUCCCGGCAACUCUUCGGCGGCGGCCGGACGGAGAGCAGCUCGCGCGUCACAAGCAGCACGAUCACGGGCGGUACAUGUACCGGAGAAUCAGUUCCCGGGCUAUGUGGUAACAGUCAAUGAUGAUGUGCCUGUUUUACGACCGCCGCCAGCAGCCAUGACUGGGGCUGCUAUGCCACCAAGGGGAGUCGACUUGGGCGUGGAGAUUUCACCGAGCGGCCACGAGGAUUGGAAUCACAUGCGGAGGGACAGAAGCGGGAGCCCGACGGAUAUUGAUUUGACGCCGGUUAGUCCAGGGGGAAGUAGUGCGAUGACGGAGGCAUUCACAGAAAAGGAUAGUGGGAUUGGGAUUCCCAAGUAGGUACCUAGGUCGGUAAUCGCAUUGUGGGGUGGUAUUUUGUCGAUACGAUACUGCUAUGUUUGUGAUGUCCUCCUAUUGCUUGAUGGACGGUUGGUAACAUGGAAGCGAAAACCGGUCUCAUUGGCGAACUCUCCUUUGCACGGCAUGUUGAUGCGAGAUGGGCGCUAUAUCUGGUUUAUAAUUGACAAAGAUGUCUUGCCAAGAUAGAAACUCGAACCUGUACGUAGCCCGGCUUUCUAGGCGUGGGAGGUCAUUCUGCCUCCCCUCCUGAGCAGACAAAGCUGCCCGGACAAGGAUAGGUACCGGAAAUGGCUAACUAUUGUUGCCGCGAAACAUUUGUCUUACAAGAAGCAACGAACUUCAAGGCCUAUUUCCCCG